AGCUAGCUGUUGCAGUUGUGAAGUCCCGUGACGAAUUUCAUUCGAACUUUCUACGGCCAGGAAAGAUUGAUGUUUUCAGCUUCUCUCACUUAGCUAGCUACUUGACAGACGCGUAUGGACAGAAGGAAAAUUCAUAUUCACUUUGACGGUUUAGGGGCUUUUGUCACAACCAAACCUGGGGAAAUGUUCGCUGUAUUGACAGAUGAAAUGCUGUAGAGCGAAAUAUUCUCACUGGACCUACGGAAAUAGAUAAACACCACAUCAAAAUACUGUAAGCAGUGACCCAUCAUGGCGAUGGGCCAGUUGGAGACUUGAAGUCUUACCUUGAGGAGGACACGUCCCUUUUAUGACCUUGAGCCUUUGAAUGCCGGCAGCCCCUAAGAUGGAGGAGCAACCCAGUCUCCCCAAUGUCAGCAUACCAACCCACAACGAGCAGAGGGACAAGAAAAAGCGUUACACAGUUUAUAAAGUGAUAGUCAAUGUUGGACAACAGGAAUGGUUUGUCUUCAGGCGUUAUGCAGAGUUUGAUAAACUCUACAACACAUUAAGGAAACAGUUUCCAUCUAUGAACUUGAAAAUUCCUGCCAAGAGGAUAUUUGGGGACAAUUUUGAACCUGAGUUCAUCAAGCAAAGAAGAACAGGGUUGCAUGAGUUCAUCAAGCGAAUUGUCUCACAUCCUCAGCUUUGCAACCAGCCAGAUGUGAGGGCCUUUCUACUGAUGGACAAAAUGCAAAACGUUUCCGAUGCCUCUGAGGACGAAGACGACAAAAACAACUCUACCUCCAGAAACAUUAACCUGGGACCUUCUGGAAAUCCACAUGCCAAGCCCACAGACUUUGACUUUUUAAAAGUCAUAGGAAAGGGGAGUUUUGGGAAGGUUUUCCUUGCAAAACGAAAACAUGAUGAAAAGUAUUAUGCAGUCAAGGUUUUACAGAAAAAGGUCAUUCUCAACAGAAAAGAGCAAAAGCACAUCAUGGCAGAGCGCAACGUGCUGCUAAAGAAUGUGAAACACCCUUUCCUGGUUGGGCUUCAUUAUUCCUUCCAGACAACAGACAAGUUAUACUUUGUCUUGGAUUUCGUCAAUGGAGGAGAACUUUUCUUCCAUCUUCAAAAAGAGCGGACCUUUCCAGAGCCAAGAGCAAAAUUCUACAUUGCUGAAAUUGCAAGUGCGCUUGGAUAUCUGCACUCCCUCAACAUUGUUUACAGAGACUUGAAGCCAGAAAACAUCCUCCUUGACCAUGAAGGGCAUAUCAUUUUGACUGACUUUGGAUUGUGCAAGGAAGGCAUUUCCCAGACAGAUACCACCACUACAUUUUGUGGAACACCUGAGUACUUAGCCCCAGAAGUCCUGAGGAAGCAGCCGUAUGAUAAUACAGUGGACUGGUGGUGUCUGGGGUCAGUGCUGUAUGAAAUGCUCUUCGGCCUGCCGCCGUUCUACAGCAGGGACACACAUGAAAUGUAUGAAAACAUUCUCCACAAACCGUUAGUGAUGCGCCCCGGGGCGUCCAGCACAGCCUGGUCUCUCCUCCAGGGCCUACUGGAGAAAGACGGCACACACAGACUGGGGUCCAGGGAUGACUUUAGUGAGAUAAAAGAACACAGCUUCUUCUCCUCCAUCAACUGGGAUGACCUCGAACAGAAGAAGAUCCCUCCCCCAUUUAUACCGAAUGUGAGCUCUUACUGUGACAUCACAAACUUUGAUCCUGAGUUCACAGAGGAGAUGGUCCCCAACUCCGUCUGCUGGUCUCAAGACCAUUCCAUAGUUAACGCCAGUGUAAUGGAGGCCGACGAUGCUUUUGUGGGCUUCUCCUAUGCCCCAGCUUCUGAUGACUCUUUCCUAUGAAACAUUCCCAAUGAGGUCUUCAAUUGCCUUAACCAUUAUAAGUUCUUUUGACUAAAGGGAAGAAUGUAUACAAUAAAUUAACUUGUUCUAUGACACAAAAGUAUGCAGCUGAGGAAAACAGCAUUAAAAAUUAAAACAGAUUUUGGUUGGAACAAAGUUUGCCAGAAAGUCUAUUUUUUACCAAUUUGUAUAUAUUAAUAUAAAAACUAAAGACAGACAUCUUCUAUUAAUGUUAUUUCUGGUGGUUUCUAAAAAAGCCUUAUAUUUGCCCCUAAUAUGAAAUUAGUUUUCUGAAAAAACUUGAACAAUUCACUGCACUUAAAAAUCACACUAUUUGACUGUCUGAUGGAAGUGUGUUCAUUCAUGGAAUUACUGUAAAAAUACACUUAUGUACCAUCAUCGUUUUAACUUAGCUGGAAAUAGGGAUUACUUGAGAGACCACUGAAUAAAGCAUUUUGGUGUAUAGGUCACAUUUGUACAAGAAAAAACAUUCUGCUUUGUCAGUUAGUUUUCAGUUCGUCUUUAAAUAUUCAGUGAAUCGUUUUCUGUUUAGAUUUUUUUGUAUUUAUUGUUUCGCUUUGCCUUAUACAUAAUUGCAGAAAUUAGAAAUCCACAAUGCUUUGCUUCGCCUGGCAGUUAACUAGGCAUAUACUCCUGCACAGUAAUAAAACAAACGUAUCAA